AUGGAACGAUACGAUGUCGCCGUUGUCGGCCUUGGUGCCCUCGGAAGCGGAGCAGCAUACCAAGCAGCCGUCAAGGGAGCCAAAGUCAUCGGUUUCGAGCAAUUUGAGUUGGGCCAUGUCCGCGGAGCCUCCCAUGAUACAUCUCGCAUCGUCAGAACCUCAUACGGCAACCCUGAAUUUGUUGCACUGGCCCGGUCCGCGUACAAAGACUGGGCCGACUUGGAAAGACGGUCAGGGCUGACCCUGUUGGAUAUAACUGGCGGCGUUGUCUUCCUUCCUAGAGGCGGACCAACCCCCUCCAGCGACUUUACAAGGAGCCUCGACGCCAACGGUGUUCCUUACGAGCUUCUUGAUUCCAAGGAAGUCAACCGCCGUUGGCCCGGGUUUAACAUCCCCGAUGGGAUCGACGCCGUGUACACGGCCGAUACGGGCAUCGUGCAUGCUUCCAAAGCCGUCACAACCAUGCAAUACCAAGCGCGCGCCAAUGGGGCUGUCCUGCGAGAGAAGACGCGAGUGGACCGCCUGAUCCCAGACGGUAACGGAGUGGUCAUCGAAACGUCCAAGGGACGAGUCCGCGCGGGGAAAGUGAUCCUCGCGGCCGACGCAUGGAUCAACAAGCUUCUUGCACCCCUGGGAGCCGAGAUCCCCCUUACCGUCAUGCAGGAGCAGAUCACCUACUUCAAGCCGGCGGACCCAGCUCUUUACGAGCCAGCGCGGUUCCCCGUGUGGAUCUGGGGAGGCGAGAAAUGGUUCUACGGGUUCCCGACCUACGGCGAGCCAACCAUCAAGGCAGGCCAGGACGCCCAGAUGAAUAUCAUGGACCCCGAUCAUCGUACCUUUGUUCCCUCGCCCGAGGCCUUCAAGACUCUCAAGGAUCACAUGGAUACUAUCAUCCCCGGCCAUGGCCAGGACCUGCGCACCGUCACCUGUCAGUAUUCGAUCACGCCGGAUCGCCAGUUCAUUAUCGGCCCGAUUCAAAAGAACCCCAACAUCAUCGUCGCGCUGGGUAACGGACACGCGUUCAAAUUCGCUCCUGCGAUCGGCCGCGUGGUGGCGGAGCUCGCCAUUGACGGAAAGACGACUGACGAUAUCUCGAAAUUUCCUGUGCCGACUCCGGCUGGCUCCAGCAAACUAUAG